GUUUUGGUUAAAUUUCAUUGUUAACCACUCAAACAUAACAGCAACUCAUCACUGCAUAAGCCUCUCCUCUCACACCUUUGAAACGAACACUUCAUUACCACCUUCCAACACUUGUUCAUUGUCCACCUCUCCACCUGCUGCUGCAGGAUGGGACUAUGAAGUCUUCUUGAGUUUCAGAGGCGAUGAUACCAGUAAGAGAUUCAGUGAUCGCCUCUACUGCUACCUUCGGGAGAAAGGAAUCCACACGUUUAGAGACGACAAGGCUCUUCGCCUUGGAGAGAAUAUUAGUGAGAUUCUCAACGCAAUCGAGCACUCAAAGAUAUCCAUUCACAUCUUUUCCGAAGACUAUGCUUCAAGUGAGUGGUGCCUGCGUGAGCUCACCAAGAUGGUUGAGUGUAAGACCACUCGGGAGCACAUCAUAAUUCCCAUUUUCUACGACGUCAAACCGUCCGCUGUGCGCGAGCAGAAGGAGAGUUACGAAGAGGCCUUCAGAAGAAUUUUGAUGGUGAUACUGUGCAGGGUUGGAAGGAGGCAUUGAAGGAGGUUGGGGGAUUGACGGGACGGGAAGUGAAGAAAUUUGCUGAUGGGUAAUUGCAUCUGUAGAUCUACCAUCCAUACAUGCAUGAAGGAGCACUGGUAAAGAACAUUGUUUCAGAGGUAUGGGAAAAGGUGAAAAAGAACUCAGUGGAUGUAAAUCAUGAAUGCUUAGUUGGAAUUGAUGUUCAUGUAGAAAAAAUGAUGAAAUUGUUGAGUGUUAAUUCCAUUGAUGUAAGGAUUGUGGGAAUCCAUGGCAUGGGAGGUAUCGGCAAGACCACUAUUGCCAGGGUCAUCUACAACAAUCUCUCUCAACAGAAAUUUGAAUUUGAAUCCUGUUGCUUCCUUGCAGACGUUAGAGAAAAAGCUCAACAACGCAUUGGUCUUGUUGAUUUGCAAUACCAACUUGUAUCUAGCAUCUUGAAACAGGGACACUCUGUCUUAGUUAGGUCCAUGGAUGAAGGAAUUAAUGCAAUCAAACAUAGAUUUUCUGGAAAGAAAGUUCGUGUUGUCGUUGAUGAUGUCGAUCACAGAAAUCAUCUUCAUGCAUUUGCACUUUUGGGAAAGUGUGAUUGGUUUGGUUCAGGUAGAAGGAUAAUUGUCACAACUAGAAACAAAGAGAUUCUAAAACUGCUCGAGGUAGAUUGUAGGACUUACGAACCAGAGGAAUUGAAUGAUAAUCAAUCUCUUCAACUUUUCAGCACGUAUACUUUUAGAAGCGACCAUCCCCCAGAAGACUAUGUUACUUUAUCUAGAGAUAUUGUGUCUACUACUGGACGGUUGCCUUUGGCUCUUGAAGUUAUUGGCUCACUUUUUAUUGGCAUCGAAAAAGAGGAAUGGGAAGAUACAAUAAACAAGUUGAAAAGAAUCCCGCAUAAAGAUGUGCAGGACAAGCUGAAAAUAAGUUACGAUGCAUUAAACUAUAAUCAACAACAAAUAUUUCUUGAUAUUGCAUGCCUUUUCAUUGGGGUGGAUGAAAGAAUUGCUGUCCACAUGUGGAAUUUUCCCAAAACAGAUAUUGGAGUUCUUCGCCGCCCGUCGUUGGUGAAAAUUGGAGUUAAUAAUGAGCUAAGGAUGCAUGACCAGCUUAGAGACCUUGGUAGAGAUAUUGUUUGCCAAGAAAAUUUUCAAGAGCCGGGGAAGCGUAGUAGGGUGUGGUUUCAUGAGGAAGCCAUCGACGUAUUGAAGAGGCAUACAGUAAGAUCCAACUCCUUCCUGAUGUCCUUGUUAUGCAUUAAUUUUCUUGUCACCUUACUAACACAAUUAUGUAUGAGCUAUGAAAUACUCAAAAGCAGCCCUUUAUAUAUUAUCUUUCUACUUGGCCCAUUUUAGGAUUUUUAAUGUCAAGAAUCUCCAGCAAUUUCUCCUCUCACACAUUUUCAGUUAUAUUUAUCAACUCCUCAUUUCCAUAUUCUUCUAAACUCAUCAUGUUUUUUAUACGAUCAAGCAAAUUAGUUAAUUAUCUCUAUGUUUAAUUUCUAGGUGAGAAAAUCUUGCAUUUUUAUAAUUAGAACACUUUCAAUAAAUCUUGCAUAAGGUCGGUUCUAUUGUUCUUUAAUUUACUUUUUUUUUUAUUUUUUAUCUAUAAAUACGUUUUAUUUAAAAAUGUGAAAUAGGAUUAGUAAAAAUUUCUAAAAGGAAAAAAGAAGGGAUUGGGUAAAUUAAUUCCAUUUUUGUUUUUAUUUAUUUAUUUAAAAAAGAAGCACUUGUAAUGAUAAACAAAAUAU